AUGUUACUUUUUAUUUUACUCUUGUAUAGUUUUCACGUUAAUUCGAUUGGUUCAUUGGAUGUUGACGUGAUGAAUCAUUUGAAUUGGUCACUUCUAGACCAUGACAAAUGCGGCAAUCCCAAUACCGAUCGUAUAAUAGGUGGUAAAAACGCAAGUAUGGGUGCAUAUCCGUGGAUUGCGAGAAUAGGAUAUUCUAUAUCUAAAUCUAAUCCAGUUAAUAUUAAAUAAUUAGUUUAUAAAUGCGGUGGUUCCUUGAUUAACAAAUAUCACGUCUUAACAGCAGCGCAUUGCGUGGAAAAUUUUCCACAUUGGCUGACUAUUGCCGGCAUUCGAUUAGGGGAAUACAACACAUUGACGGAUCCAGAUUGUGAAGAAGAAUUUUGUGCUGAACCAGUUCAAGAUUUUCAAAUAGCAUUUAUCAAUGUUCAUGAAGAGUAUGAUCGUCCGAAAUUUAGAAAUAACAUAGCAAUCAUACGUUUGGAUAAGCCUGCUGUUUACAAUGAGUUUGUAAUACCGAUUUGCAUGCCGCACGGUGACUUGCUUGAGAAAAAUUAUAUCGGUGAAAUGGCGAUAGUUGCUGGUCAGGGAGUAGACGAUAUUGAAACAUUGAGAACCAGUAAAUUGCUUCAAACGAUCACGAUGCCGAUCCAAGAUACUGAGAAAUGUGUAGAAAGUUUUAAAAAACGUGCUAAAAUAAGUGAUCAACAAGUAUCGUUGGUGAAGAUUCCUGCAGCGGGGAUAGCGGUGGGCCUUUGAUGAAAGUUGAAACUGUUGACGAAUUACCAAAAUAUUAUCUCAUCGGAAUAGUUUCA